AUGCACCCGGCGCCUCUAAGGGUGCAGACAAGUUGGCCGACCCCCAAGGGCGGUACCAUCCAGGCAACAGCGGGUCGUCCAGCAGCGAUAGAGUCGGCGUUCUUUGCCGGCGUGCUGGGCCCACCGCAUGCACCCGGCCCCUCUAAGGGUGCAGACAAGUCGGGCGACCCCAAGGAGGGUACCAUCCAGGCAACAGCGGGUCGUCCAGCAGCGCCUGAGUCGGCGUUCUUUGCCGGCGUGCUGGGCCCACCGCAUGCACCCGGCCCCUCUAAGGGUGCAGACAAGUUGGCCGACCCCCAAGCGCGGUACCAUCCGGGCAACAGCGGGUCGUCCAGCAGCGGUAGAGCAACAGCGGGUCGUCCAGCAGCGCCUGAGUUGGCGUUCUUGGCCGGCGAGCUGGGCCCACUGCAUGCACCCGGCCCCUCUAAGGGUGCAGACAAGUCGGGCGACCCCAAGGAGGGUACCAUCCAGGCGACAGCGGGUCGUCCAGCAGCGCCUGAGUUGGCGUUCUUGGCUGGCGUGCUGGGCCCACCACAUGCACCCGACGCCUCCAAGGGUGCAGACAUGUCGGGCGACACCAAGGAUGGUACCAUCCAGGCGACAGCGGGUCGUCCAGCAGCGCCUGAGUUGGCGUUCCUGGCCGGCGUGCUGAGCCCACCGCAUGCACCCGGCGCCUCUAAGGGUGCAGACAAGUUGGGCGACCCCCAAGGACGGGUGCAGACAAGUUGGGCGACCCCCAAGGACGGUACCAUCCAGGCGACAGCGGGUCGUCCAGCAGCGGUAGAGUUGGCGUUCCUGGCCGGCGUGCUGGGCCCACCGCAUGCACCCGGCGCCUCUAAGGGUGCAGACAAGUUGGGGGACCCCCAAGGGCGGUACCAUCCAGGCAACAGCGGGUCGUCCUCCAGCGCCUGA